AUGUCGCGCUCGGAAGGUGGCGAGAUGGCGCUUGCCGGAUUCGCCUUUGAGGUUUUCGGCAAGGUGCAAGGGGUGUCGUUCCGGUAUUACACGAGCCAUAAAGCAACUUCCCUGGGGCUGGUGGGGUGGUGCCGAAACACAGACAUGGGGACAGUGGAGGGCGAGAUUCAGGGGCGCAGGGAGAACGUGCAGGAGAUGAAGGUAUGGCUAUGCACCACCGGCUCUCCAUACUCCCGCAUUGAGCGCUGCGCUUUUAAGAAUGAGGUUGAUGACCUUAAAGAGUUGUCUUUCAAGUCAUUCCGGGUACGCCACUGA